AUGACCUUGCGGAGGUUGCUCUCUCCUGUCGCGAGACUGACGGGCGACGAGAUGGAAUCGGGUCUUGGCCGCCAAGUUCAACGUGCUCUUGCCCAGGGGUUUCUUGGACCAGCGCCUCGCGCUGCUCCGCCGCCGGUUUCGCACGCUGGCCGCGCUGUCUCCGGCGAGCGGGCCGUUGGCAGGGACGGACAUCCUGCCGCUUCUCCGAGACAACGAGCUGCUUCCGACCCCGCCGUGGAGAGCCUAAUUCCAAGGACGAAACGGCGGUGGGCGCAGCUGGUGGAGCGGGAGAACGGGGAGCGGGGCGUUGUCAUCUGGGACUUUCUGGUCCAAGGCGAGUACAGGGCCAGCAUGCAGGCUGUGCUGUUGGAAGAGCUGACGAAUCGAGAGUUCAUGAUCGAGUAUAAAGCCGGGGGCUGGGACGAGACGCAGGACUCGGUUGGUCCUAAGGAAGUGCUAAAGUGGAAUACCAUGGUCGAGGCGUUGCAGGAACCCAAGGAGGACCGGAUAGGGAAGGACAUGACGGGACAGUCGGCAGGGAUCGGCGUUUACGCGAAGACGUUGAUCCUGCUCGAGGAUGGGGAUGAGGAGCUCAGGAAGAGGCUUCAGUUUCUAAGAUAA